AUGGAAACUGCGCUGGAAGACAAAAUGAAGUUUUGUGUAAUAAGAUCCAGUGAAGGACAUACGCUAUAUGACACUUUGAAGACAAUGUUGAAAGCUGUGUUUUUGAUGCCGAAGUAUGAAACUUAUGAUAGCUUCGAAAAAAUUAACGAAUGUAUCAAAAAGCCUGACGAUAAUGACAGCAUUUCUCCUGAACAGGAGUCCGUUAACUUGGCCAAAGUUAAAGAAAAACUGUUUGUAAAAGCUGAAGAUGAAGACACGGAGCCUGUUAUUGAAGAGGGCUUUGAACAUCCGCUUCCAAACUUCAUGGAAGUCAUGUACCACUUCGGAAAAGCAGGGGUUGGACUAUGUAGCUAUGAGAUCACUUGCCUCUACCUGGGACUAAAGAUGCUUGUUAAUUCUCAUCCUCUCAAAUCCGCUCGCUUCUGGGGAAAAGUCUUUGGGCUAGCAAAAAAUUAUUAUAUCGUGGAGACUGAGUUCAUUGAGGGUGAGGAUGAGGAAGGGGAAGAGGAGGCUGAGCAGAUCAAAGAAACACCCCGUAAUGAACUAACCAACUUGAUAGAUGAGGCAGAAGAAAAUGUAGAAACUUACCCCAAAUCAAGAUGGAAACCACCUCCAAAAGUGCCUCAAGAACCAACACACACCGGGGCCAAUAAAAAGGUAUAUUUCGUGUGUCAAGAACCAGGAUUGCCUUGGAUCAGACUUCCUCCAGUUACUCCUGAGCAGAUUCGACUCUCAAGAUCUAUUUGUUGCCUUUUUACCGGUAAUUUGGAUGCCAAGGUAGACAGCACACCAUCGUUUCCCGGAACGGAGACAAACUACCUACGCGCAAAGAUUGCUCGCAUCAGCGCAGCAACCCACAUUUCUCCAGAAGGCUUCUACCAAUUUGGUGAGGAGGAGGAAGAGGAAGCUCUAGAUGAGGAGGAAGGCGAACGACAAAACUAUGUGAGAAACGAGGAGUACGAACCGUUGCCAAUGGAAAAGCUGGCUGAUCGCUCUUUGCAACACUGGGUACAUCAUGUUUCCUACAUACUGCCACAGGGCAGAGUCACAUGGUGGAACCCUAACCAAAGCCUGUUGGACGAAAUGUCUGAAGACGAGCAAGAAGAGGAAGAGGAAGGUCUCACUAUUUUAAGCCCAUCAAAACCAGAAAGGGGACCACCAAUAUUGACAUCCAUUGCAGCAGAUGCAUCACUCUCAGACUAUCCCGCUUGGUCGGCGCGCCUAAGCUCCGCGAUAAUUCCGGAACAUGCGGUUGCUGUGGUUUCAUCGAAUAUUUGGCCAGGAGCACAUGCAAUUGCGUGGGAUAAAGCUUUUGAAAAUAUUUACAUUGGCUGGGGAGUGAAAGCGACUGCUCCCGGGUUCCAGCCUUAUCUACCACAGAACGUUAUGGACGAGUUCCAAAACCACUCUGAAGUCGCUGAAUUGACGGAUCCUACGCCAGAGGAAGAGGCUGCUCUACGAAAGGCUCGUGCCGGUCCUGAAGAGCAAGAAGAGAUUGGAGAGGAGGGCCAAGAAGAAUCUAAUGAAGAGGAAGAGUCAGUUUGAUGGACACAGGCUUUUCACACCAACCUUUCCCAUUUGCGCAGGAUGUAGACAUCCUCGUCGUUAUUCCCUUUUAAAUUAGGACUACACAUCGAUGUUUCUAUCUGAACGCCUUGGAGAUCCCAUUCUAUUUUAGGAAACAGUGCUGAAUGAUGACAAAUUAUCACACUCAGGCACCUACAUGCCUCUGCUGGAUGAUUUCGUUAUAACUGACUGAGACCUAUAGAUGUACGUCAAUCCAUACAGACGGUCAUCUGUGACAAACCACUCGGAUACCUGCUCAAAGCAGCUGAGUGCUGUCUUAUAUAUUCGUAGAAAUUUGGACAUUUUCGUGUUUCUGGAAGUAAUUGUAACUUUAUCAGCAAUAUGCAAAAUGGUAAAUUUUGUCUAUAAUUGUAUGCUAAUAUAUACUAGACAGUGAAGCACAUCUAAGCGGCGUGUGCAUGAUUGUUUUCUUCUACUUCCCGCUCACGUAUCUUCCAAAAAAGCUACGACGGAU